ACUACAUAUACGGUCGUACAGCCUAACUGACAAAUAAUAUAAUUGUGAAUUAAAACGAUAUUUUUUUUUUUGCAUGGGAAGCCAAGACGUGAUGCUAAGAUCUAAACAGUUUCAUGGUAAAGAUAAAAUCUUAAGAAUAUUGAGUUUGACGAAACAUCCUACUUUUUGUUGAUUGUUGGUUGCAGUCGAGAGAAAAUAAUCGUCUACAGUUACGUGGGCAAUCUGCGCGUUAUCGUCAUGGAGAGCGCGGUCGUUCUACCGUGGAUGAUCAUGAUCAUAUCCGUGAUCGUACCCGUGGUCGUAGCCGAUACAGCACCACUUCAUGUAGCAGAUGAGAGGGAGAAUGAAAACUAUUACCUGGUUGGUUUGAAGGCUGACCAUGAUGUUGAUAAUUGGGUGGAGACCUUCCAUUCGCAUGUCCGUGAAUCUACAUUCAAUGGGAAAAUAACAACAAAGAAUGAUCGAAUUCUUACAGCAGAACUCGACCCAGAAGCUCUUUCGCAUGUACGUGAGAUGGAAGGUGUACUAUAUGUGGAGGAGGAUGGCGUUGUGUCUCUCUCGGAUGUUUUAAUCUAUAAAGAAGAAAUAUAUGAGGAUGCCAUUGAAAACUGGGGACUAGAUCGAAUAGACCAGGAAAAGCUACCCCUAGAUGAUCGCUUUGAGAUAUCAGGUACUGGAGAAGGAACACAUGUUUAUAUUUUAGAUUCUGGUAUCCGAGCUACACAUGAAGACAUCAGAGGAAGAGCUGAUGCUCCUUUUGAUGCUUACGGUGGAAAUGGAUCUGAUAUUGAUGGGCAUGGUACUCAUUGUGCUGGGGUCAUAGCAGGUACCAAGUACGGUGUAGCAAAACGAGCUUAUGUACAUGGUAUCAGGGUCAUCAAAGAAAAUCGAAAAGGAUCCGUCUCUGCAGUUAUUACUGCAAUGAACUGGGUGGCAAAGAAUGGAUCCCGUCCUUGUAUAGCAUCAAUGUCUUUCAGUGGAAAAGGUUCUAAAUCACUGGACACCAUGGCUAAAGCCCUCUACGACAGCGGAUGUGUAUUGUCAGUAGCAGCAAGCAAUGAGAAUAAUGAUUCUUGUGCUAAGUCCCCUGCUAGAAUAGAUGAAGUGAUCACUGUCGGGGCAACAGAUAUGGAUGACCAUCGAAGUUUCUUCUCUGAUUUCGGACAUUGUGUUGAUAUAUUCGCACCUGGUCGAGAUAUACUUAGUCUUGAUUACCAUGCCGAUGACGGUGUUAAGAGCAUGAGCGGCACGUCAAUGGCCACGCCCUUUGUAACAGGUGCAGCCGCCGUCCUCAGCGGGAGAGGCUACAAACACGACGAAAUCAAAGCAAAAUUGAUGGAAUUAUCAUCCAAAGGUGUAGUCAAAUCCAGAGGCAAAGAUUCUCCCAAUAAACUUCUUCAUCUUGAUAUUGUCGACAGUCUCCAUAAUAAUUACGUUAAUAGCUAUAUGUUACAUGAAGAUGAAGAUAUGAAAUCUUUUAUCGAAUCAUUUAAGUUUACUGAAAAUCACUAAAUAGAAAAAAAACAACAUAUGAAUCCUCACAUCGAAAGGAGAUAUCACAUUCCAUGCGAUUUUAUUGAUAGUGAUUAGGCGAGUCAUUCUAGCCUCUGUGUACUAGUAAAACAAAUUCAUCAGCUUAUUCCCUUAUAAUAGUUUUUGUCUUUUAGGUUCAUUCUCUAUUUCCAAUAUAAUUAAUUGCAACUUCAAUUCAAUUACAGGUGACUUUAGUACAACUAUAUCACCACCAAAAAAAUCAUUUAUAAGAUCUAGAAAAAUAAUGUUGAUACAAUAUUUUUCCUGUGAUAGACUUCCAAUAAUUAUCAAUUUUUCUUUAGAAUUUUGCUUCAACAAACUCUUGAUAGGGAAAAAAAUUGAGUUCUGAUUUUAAGAUCUGAAUAAUGAAAUAGAAUAUCAAUUUAUAUUUAUAUUAUUCUAUCUAAAAAAUAAUAGGGUGCCCUUUAUAAAUGAUAAAAGUAUACAAAAUAAAUACAUAUAUGUAUUGGAAAUACAAUACGCAUACAAAUUUUGGAGUACUAGUUGAAACGCAUGCAAGUACCAUUGACAGUUCGAUAUUAGCAGGACAUCAUAAUUUGAGCUCUUGAGGGUGGUUGGAGUUUAGUGAAGGGGUAAAAUAUUGAUGAGGAGAUGACUCAGCAUUAACAUUUGCAUAUUGCAUUUUGAGACAUCAACCCACGUUGGCUGGUGAUAAAUCUUGUACUUUGUCUUUUUCGGGAACGACUUUAAAGUUAUAAAGAAAUUAGAAGAUAAAUUAUUUAGACUCUUAAAUAUAAAUUUCAUCUUAUGAACAAUUUCGACUGAAUCAAUCCGUCUGUAUUCCUUUGGAAUGAAGAAUAAUGAAUUUGCAAGAUAUAUAAAAAGGUUUUAAUCCCUCGAUAUUUGUCUGAUAGUGGUAUCCGUGACUUUCAGUUUUUCAGCAGUUGGAAUAAUUGGUUUAGGUCAAGGGAAUUCAAGCUAGCUUACAGCUAGUUAAAUUAUGUUGUUGUGUUUAAGGACAAGUCCACCCCAACAAAACGCUGAUUUGCAU